GUCAGGAGUGUGUAGCAUUGCGGAAAUUGCGUAUUUCCGUGAGAUUUGUUUUUUUUUUUUUGUUUUAGAUUUUUACAUUCGAUAAAUUCUGCAGUGAUAUCUGGGGUCGAAGAGGUGAAAGUAUUGUGAUUACAUUGUUGGUUGCUGAUGCUAAUUAGCUACUUUGCUAGCUGGUUUAGCAACCUUUUGCUAAGUGUAGGGCUGUGAGAAUAAGACUUGGCGUUAGCGAUGGUAAAACGCGCACUGUGGACUUGUGGAACUAUAUUUUUCCUGUGUUUCCUGUUCGGAGACUUUGUCUGGGGAUGGUUUCACAACCACAACAACAACAACAACAUUCAGGACAAAACGCACCAAUCACAACACAAACUCGUCAGUAAGGUGACACCGGACAGUGCGGACCAAAGCUGUUUUUGUCAUUUGACAGGUGUUUUGGACGACUGCUUCUGUGACGUUGAGAGCAUCGAUGUCUUCAACAACUUCAAGAUUUUUCCUCUCAUACGCAAGCUAAUCGAAAGAGACUUCUUUCGAUACUACAGGGUGAAUCUGAAGCGUCCCUGCCCAUUUUGGCCUGACGAUGGCCACUGCUCUAUCAAGGAUUGUCAUGUGGAGCCCUGCCCAGAGAGCAAAAUUCCAGUGGGGAUUAAAUCAGGCAACUAUAAUAAGUAUUCUCUCCCUGCGAAUGCCAUCAGAGACAUUAAGGAAUGUGAACAGGCCCAUGAGCUGGGUGCCAUUAACAGCACACUGAGUAAUCAAAGUAAAGAGGCAUUUGAGGACUGGGAUCAUCAUGAUGAUGCCCAGGACCACUUCUGUGGCCUUGAUGACGAGACAUCACCUGAAGCAGAGUAUGUGGAUCUUACGUUAAAUCCUGAACGCUACACUGGAUAUAAAGGCCCCUCUGCAUGGAGAGUGUGGAACAGCAUCUAUGAGGAGAACUGCUUCAAGCCACGCUCUGUUUAUCGGCCUCUUAACCCCUUGGCCCCAAGUCGUGGUGAUGAUGAUGGUGAAGGCUUUUACAACUGGCUGGAAGGGUUGUGUCUGGAGAAGAGAGUGUUCUACCGGCUCAUUUCUGGUCUCCACAGCAGCAUUAAUAUCCACCUGUCUGCUCAGUACCUCCUGGAUGAGAGCUGGGGGAAAACAGUUUGGGGCCCUAACGUGCACGAGUUCCGCCAGAGGUUUGAUCCUGCCGAGACCAAGGGUGAAGGAACUCGCAGGCUGAAGAACCUUUACUUCCUGUACCUGAUUGAGCUUAGAGCUCUGACCAAAGUGGCACCGUAUUUCGAGCGCUCAUUCAUCAACCUCUACACUGGCAGUACACAGGAAGACUCUACUACCAAAGAGCUGCUGCUGCAGAUCCUCAAUGAGACCAAAGCUUUUCCCAUGCACUUUGAUGAGAGCUCCAUGUUUGCAGGCCACAAAACUGAAGCCAAAAGGUUAAAGGAAGAGUUCAGGCUUCAUUUUAAGAACAUUUCCCGUAUAAUGGACUGUGUGGGCUGCAGUAAAUGUCGACUGUGGGGGAAGUUACAGACCCAAGGACUGGGAACCGCCCUCAGGAUCCUCUUCUCUGAGAAAGAGAUCAAGAAUCUUCCAGAAAACAGUCCCUCAGUUGGCUUCCAGCUCACACGGCAGGAGAUCGUAGCUUUGCUUAAUGGCUUUGGGAGACUCUCCACCAGUAUUAAAGAGCUGCACAACUUCCGAACGCUUCUAAAGGACAAGAAGUACCAGAUGAUGUCAGCCCAUAGGACACUGCAAUAGUUUGCUCUUCAUCAGAGGGAGGCCUUUAUCAGGGACUUUAGAACCGAGUGUGGCCAAGAGAAACUCAGCAAAUCCCUCUGCUUUAUUCUGCUGCCCAGCUAACAGGAAAAAAAUCACUUCAGCUCACAGCACAGCAAACUGUCAGCUACUGAUGAAAACAGGAAUCAAAGGCAGGACCAGAGCUGAAAUACCACAACUUUCCCAAAAAUUGGUUCAGAAUUCACAGCCCUUUGAAUCUCUAAGGCUUCAUAAGAAACUAGGUUUUGUUUUUCUGUUUUUUUUUUCUUCAGGUUUGUGUGUGUGUGUGUGUGUGUAUGUGAGAGAGAGAGAGAGAGAGAGCGCGAGAUCAGGAAUUUUGUAUGUUUGUGUGUCAGUGAGAUCACAUAUACAUAGGAGGUCAUUUCAGCGGUCAGACAUAUUACUUUUUGGAACACCCUAGUUUCUGAAACAUUUCUAUGCCUUUAACACCUUAAGAGGCAAGUCACCAUAAAUUAUGAAUUGGCUUUCAUAUUAACGUGUCUACCAAACCAAUAGGACCAUAGGAUUUAUAAUGUUCUGUAAUAAAGAAAUGUAGCAUCUUUUAAAACUCUGAGCAACUCAUAACAAGCAAUAUGGAUACAGUGUAGGACGUCAUUAAAUUGUCUACUAUUUCUAGAUGGAUUUCUAGAGCGAUUGAACUUUAGUAUUAAUGUUACAUCAUUAAUCCCUUUUUUGCAAGCCAAAGCUUUUCUUUAAAAAAAAAAAGUGUCUCAUUUUUUGUUGCUGGACAUUUCCUCUUCAAACUGUCAUGUGUAUGCCAGAUGUAUGACUGAUUUAUUUGGUCAUUUUAACUUUACAAGACUCGUAUAUGAAGGUGUGUGUGUGUGUGUGUGUGUGUGUGUGUGUGUGUGUGUGUGUGUGUGUGUGUGUGUGUGUGUGUGUGUGUGUGUGUGUGUGUGUGUGUGUGUGUGUGUGUGUGUGUGUGUGUGUGUGUGUGUGUGUGCGCGUGUGUGUGUCUGAGAGAAUGCCCUUCUUCAUUACAGUGGGAUUUGGACCAAACUCUGUUCCACUCAUUGGUUCUCUUGUGGUGUUCACUUGAAUUGUGUAAGUGGAAGCUGCCAUACAUUUUCUGUUCCCGUACACACAAUACAGUAAACUCAACAACUGUUUUCACCCUUCAUGAAAAUGAAUCAAGAGUUAAAGUAUGGAAUAAAACCGACAUACAUUUCGAUAAUCAUUUUGGAGUCUUGCAUGCUAUCAUUUUAACACAAAAAUUUUUCAAAAACAAAACAUUUAUUGAGAAGAAAUGUUUUGAAAAAUGUAGAUUUUGAGGUUAACAUUUGAUGAUGCUUCCCUUAUUCUAAGAAUGUCGGGGGGGGGGUAAUAUUGUAUAAAUCCUAGCAAUGCCACAGCCAUCCAUUUUCGGGAGUCCACAAGACCAAAAUUGCUCGUUCUCUCUGGAUGGUUGGGACGUUCUAUUCUCUCUCUCCCCUGUCAAUCACAGUAAAUUUAGCCAAACGUGGGAUUGUGUGAGCUCAUGUGUAUCGAAGAGGGCAGAUGGUGCUUUCCUUUGAGUGUGUUAGACUUCAGUCUCCCUGAUUUGUAGCUGCUGUGUGAUGGAGAAAUCUGGUGGGUGGGAUUUGACAAAAUUAUAGAGAAAAUGGGAUUUUAAUAUAUUUUAUUUGUCCUAAUUACCUUUUGUUUUAUUUUGUUAUUAUACAUAAGAGAAAUGUUAACGUUAAUUAAAGCAAAGCUAAGAAGCUCCCCAAAAUGAGUAAGCACAACUAAUAACGCUUGUUUUUUUAGCUUCUGCAGUCAGUUUGGCUGCUUUUCAUGGAGGGUGAUUAAACUACUUGAGGUCACUGUUUAUACACCGAGUUUCCAGUUUAUUAGGUGCAUAACAUUACUGACCUGUCAGUCCCUUGUACUCCGUCCAUCGGUCUAAAGGGAGCAGCAUCGUACCUCCCAGAGCCAUAUUAUUAGCUUCAUGGCCCAUUACAACCAAUAUAAUUUGUUAGGAAUGUCUAAUAAACUGGCAGCUUAUUCAUGUGUAUGAAUCAUUGUUCAUGCUCAUGAAGGGUGCGAUAUAUAAUACUGGAGAUGAUUCUCAUAGCACACUGGUCUAUGAGAUAAAAAUGGACUACCUGUAAUCUUGAAGAGAUGACUAAGAGCAGCUAUGUGCGCUUGUGUGUAUGUGUGUGUUUGUGUGUGCUUAUGUGUACUGUAUGUGUAAAGUUGCAUGAUUUUAAGGUGCAUCACCACAUCCUGUGCGUUCAACAUCCUGCGUGUUCAAACUUGUCUGAUUUAACAUUACAAAAUACAUUUUGAUAAGCAGCCAACAUACAAGAAAUCUCUCUAUUAAACAAAUUGUGUCUUUAGACUUUGUAACAUUAUGUUCCUACAGUUUCUUAUCUAUUCUUUCACAAUCCAAAGCAUCAGUGAUUAAAGGAGACUAAAAACCACUCAGAAAUUCAUCAAUCCUAAAACUGACUUAUUUUCUGUUACAGAGAUUUCUGCCUUCUUUACUUUAAAUGAGCAAUACCAGUGAUUUUUAACUGAAAUGUUCAAGAUAGGAUUAUAAAGAUCAGUUCAGGAAAAGGAUUUUGCAGUACCGAGGAUCAGACUUAAUUAGAUUUAGUCAGGUUUAUUGGCCAAGUGUGUUGACACACACAAGGAAUUUGGUUCCAGCUGUUUGUAACUCUCAAAAGUACAGACAUAAAAAAAUUAUUACAUUGACCUGACCGCAUUUGAGAUCAUUCUGAAGCGAGACUGCAGGUAACAUCACAAAGACACUCCUUUAAAAUGAUUAUCUGCUGUGUGAUCUGAUGAUAAUGCUUUUUGUUUGUUUUGUUUUGUUUCGCUUGUUUGUUUCUUUAAUUGGCCCUCAUUUUGCACCAUAUGUACUGUAAAAUAAGGAUUUUUUUUUCCAGCUCUAUUCACUGUCCGUCUGCAUAAUAAUGGCUCAUUUUGUUUAUUUGUGGACUUGUCAAUUCUAUUUAUUUAAAAGGAGGAAUAAAUCUGUCAAUCGGAA